UUCGUUUCACACGGAUCAUUUCACCCAAAAUCAAACCAAUUAGUGUCUUAUAAGAAUCAUUCCCUUUUCCCACGAAUCAGCUUUUGAGGAUUUGAAUUUAUAUUCCUAAUCCUAAUGGCUGCUGUCGCCGGAGCCGGAAUCGUUGCCGGAAAGUUAUCGUCGUCGUCUUCGAGUUUGAAGCUGAGAGGCAGAGAGAAACUACAGAAGAGGAGAAACCAGUUUCGGGUUUCGUGUGUUUAUUCUUCUUCUUCUUAUGUGAUGGAUCCUUAUAAGACCUUGAGAGUUCCUCGUGAUGCCUCUGAAUUUGAGGUCAAGAAGGCUUUCAGGGACCUUGCUAAGCAGUAUCAUCCAGACGUUUGCAGAGGGAAGGAUUGCUCUGUGCAGUUUCAUGAAAUCAACGAAGCUUAUGAUGUGGUGAUGGCUAAUAUGAGAGGGGAACCCAUUAUGAUGGAGAGAUGUGAGGCGUCCGAUGAAGGGGAAGAUGAUCAGAUGAGGGGAAUGGACGAUCCAGAUUGGGACAUGUGGGAGGAAUGGAUGGGUUGGGAAGGAGCUGGAAUCAGAGACUACACAUCCCAUAUUAACCCCUACAUCUGAUUUGAUGGGGGCCCGCUCUCUUAUUAACCUCCUUCAUUUGAUCAAAUAUUGCUCCUCAAAUGAUGUUUUUUUUUUUUAAUUUCUUUUCCCAAAAAAAUCCCACUAAAAUUGUAUAUCUUUGUAUAUAUUCUGCAGUAUUUUUAAUGUUGCUUUCAUCUGAUGCUGAUAAUGAGCUCAGAUGAAAUAAUUGUGUUUUAGCCUAAUCAUAUAUCUCAUACUGUUUCUGCAGUAUUUUCUUAAACAUGUUUCAUGGCUGUCGGUAUCUGAGAAAAAUUAUUAUUUAUCCCAGUGAAACAAUGUUAUAUUAUCCA